AUGGGGGUCUUCGUCGUCUUCUUCAACAGGAACCACACAGCCAUUGGGAAUAAGCUUUGGGAGGUUUUAAAAAAAGCAACAGAGAAGAUCACCUAUCAGAGCCUCUGCCUGCCAGACAAUGUGAAGCAGCGUGGCAUCGAAAAUCUGAAGAACUUUCACUACAGAGAUGAUGGCAUGGACAUCUGGGAUGCAAUAUAUAAAUUUGUUCGUGGAGUGGUGAAUAGAUGUUAUAAAGAUGACGAAGAUAUCCAGAAGGAUCCAGAGCUCCAAAAAAUGGUGAUGUUCAUAUACAACUAUGGAUUUCUGCAGAAGUCAGAUUGUCCCUCAAGCCUGAAAACAAGAGAAGAAGCCAUUAAAUACAUCACCAUGAUUAUGUUCACCUGCUCUGCCCAACAUGCUGCUGUGAACCAUGGGCAGUAUGAUAUCUAUGCCUGGAUGCCAAAUGGACCAACAACAAUGAGGAAGCCUGCACCCAAGGACAAGGAGGUGACUGAAAAAGACAUAAUGGACACUCUUCCAGACAUUACUACAACACUUGAGGCUAUGCGAGUGGUUAGUUUCCUCAGCCAGGUUCCAAAUGACUUUGUGCCACUUGGAGAGUACCCUGAGGAAGUUGCUUUUGAAAGCCAUAUGAGAGAUCCCCUCAUGGAGUUCAAAAGCACACUGAUGGAAAUUGGAAAGAAAAUCAGGACAAGGUCUGACUCCCAAGAGUUCCCCUAUGAGUAUUUGGACCCUGCAGGGAUAGAAAACAGCAUCACUAUCUAAUGUGUGUCUGAAUGAGCUGUGUUUUGGUACAGACUGAACACAUACCGUGACUGCUUUUGGUCCCCCUCCCAUCUCUACCCAGU